UAAAAACGAGCAAAAACAAGAGCGAAUAGAAGCCUGAACUGCGUCUGCGCAGCAUGAUGGGCUCCGACGUGAAAUAGCCGCUGUUAACAACUAACUGUUAGCUUUAGCAUCAAUUCACUGUAAACUUUAAUGUUUGUUUCUUUACUUUUUGUUCGAACUAACAAAGUUAGACGGUAGUUUUAAAGGAGCUAACGGAGUUGAAGCUAAGAGGCUUAUUGGUUACUUUGAGGUUUUUAGUCUUUAGAAAUUAUCCAUUUAAAAAGAAAACUUCUGUAAAAGUUCCUUAAAACAUGUGAACGAACAGUUCGUCAGUCAGAAAGGAGACCUGCUGGUUUUCACCAACCACGACCACUACAGGUGUGAAAUGGAGGAGAAUCAGAACCGGGAGCACUGCACCAAUAACCCUGUUAAAAGGGAAGAAUCAGGUUCACCCUCUGCUACCACAGAUAAACAGGGGAUCAAUACUUCUGGUUCACACUCCAACAACAUAGCAGAUGGCAGUAAUACAACUCAUCGCUGGUUGCUACUCGACGUAAAACAAGAAAAAGAAGAAGAAGAAGAAGAACAGUCCGUCAGUCAAAGAGGAGACCUGCUGGAUUUCACCAACCAGGACCACCACAAGAGCAGAAUGGAGGAGAACCAGAACCCGGAGCUCUGCAUUAAAAACCCUGUUAAAAGGGAAGAAUCAGACUCACCCUCUGCUACCACCGAUAAACAGGGGAUUGAUAACUUUGGUUCACACUCCAACAACAAAGUAGGUGGCAGUAAUGCACCUCAACGCUGGUUUCCACCUGACAUAAAACAGGAAAAAGAAGAAGAGGAAGAACAGUCCAUCAGUCAGAGAGGAGACCUGCUGGCUUUCACUAACCAGGACGACUACAAGAGCAGAACGGAGGAGAACCAGAACCCGGAGCACCGGACCGACAACCCUGUUAAAAGGGAAGAAUCAGGUUCACCCUCUGCUACCACCGAUAAACAGAAACAAACGGGACUGCAAUGUGAAAAAGCCUUCACAACAUCACAAUAUUUAAAAAUUCAUCAGAGAGCUCACCCAGGAGAGAAACUUCACAGCUGUGACCAAUGUGGGAAAUCUUUCGCUACAAAGACAUCUCUAAAACGCCACCAGUCCAUUCAUAUGGCAGAGAAACCGUACUGGUGUGAGCAAUGUGGGAAAACUUUCACCAGAGACAGUCUUCUAAAGCUGCACAAACGCACUCAUGCUGCUGAGAAACCAUACAGUUGUGACCAGUGUGGGAAAGCUUUUACUACAGAACGCAGUCUACGAGCCCACCAACGCAUUCAUACUGGUGAGAAACCAUACAGCUGUGACGAGUGUGGUAAAGCGUUUAGUUCAGACGUCAGUCUACGAACCCAUCGACGCGUUCACACUGGUGAGAGGCCGUACGGCUGUGACCUAUGUGGGAGAACUUUCACACAAGAAAUAGAUCUAAAAAGACACAAACGCAUCCACACUGGAGAGAAACCCUACAACUGUGAGCAGUGUGGGAAGACUUUUGCACAAGAGAGUACUCUGAAACGCCACCAACGCAUUCAUACUGGAGACAAACCGUACUGGUGUGAGCAAUGUGGGAAAAAUUUCACAAGAGACAGUCAUUUAAAACGCCAUCAACGCAUUCACACUGGAGAGAAACCGUUCAGCUGUGACCAAUGUGGGAAAGCUUUCACUGAUGACAGUAAUUUAAGAAUGCACCGGCGCAUUCACACUGGUGAGAAACCGCAUUGGUGUGACCAGUGUGGGAAAGCUUUCACUAGAGAUGUUGACCUAAGAAGCCACCAACGCAUUCACACUGGAGAAAAACCGUACAGCUGUGAGAAAUGUGGGAAAGCUUUCACUGCAAAGUGUGAUCUAAAAAGACACCACCGCACUCACACUGGAGAGAAAUUGUAUAGCUGUGACCAAUGUGGGAAAACUUUUACCUCAAACAGUUAUCUAGAAAGCCACCGACGCAUUCACACUGGACAGAAACCGUACUGGUGUGAGCAAUGUGGAAAAACCUUCACCAGAGACAGUCUCCUAAAGCUGCACAAACGCACGCAUGCUGGUGAGAAACCGAGAGUAACCCAGUAGCUCUGGGCUACUGUAGAAACAUGGCUGCUUCAAUUUGUUGCAAUCUGCAACCUGCAAUGGAUAUCACUAAAUACUACACAUUGUUCCUUUAAUGAUUCCUGAUCCACUUGGAUUUCUACUUAAAAUAUACAUAUAUUUUUAACUAUGACAGAGCAACAGUCCAUGUAACUGUUCAUUUUUAUUGUUGUCAAAAUUAGUUUUUAUUCCUGAAGUAAAAUAUACUCAACAUUCACCUACUAGUGCAAAUCAACUAUGGCUGUAACUAAUGAUAAUUUACUUUAUUAUUGUCACAAUUAACAGAUUAAUUGUUCAGUCUAUACUGAAGUAGAAGAUGUCAGAAAUAGUGAGAAAUGUCAACCACAACUACCUGAAGAUUAAGUUAUCAAAGUGCUUGUUUCAUUUGUCCAUCAGUACAAGACAUUCAGUUUAUCACAUGAGAAGCAAAGAGAUUAUUACAGUCUACAGUGGGUGAUGUUACACUAUCAGCUGCAACACUACAUGAUACUGGACAGAGAGCUGCAGACAGACGCCGAGGCAGCUGUUUACUGUUGACAUGUGGAAGCUGCUGCACCAAAAUUUGCCAAUAAGCAUCAUAAAAUCUAAAAACCGUCUUAGUAAAGUGGCAGCCACGAUGAUUAUAUGAUGAAACAUUUAUCUCCUUUGAUAUCAUUAAGACAAAUAUUUGUUUUUGUAUGUUUUCCAUGUGUAGAUCAGGAGCAGAGUUAUGAUUGCAUAUCAUUUAUAACCUGAUGGUUAUUUAAAAGGUAAAUUGGCAAAAACCUCUCUGACUCAGCUGUUUGUGAAUUUCAGACAUCAUGUUAUUCUGAAAAUUGAUGUCUGAGUGAAAGAUCUUCAACAGAUAAGGAGUUGAAUGAAAAAAAAGAUGAGAGGAGGUUUUUGAGACGAUUUACCGGUUUGAGCUUCGUCGUUGUGAAACUUGAGUUAAUCAACACUUUAACAAGAAACUGAGCCGAAACUGAGCUGAUGUUUUUAUGUGACGGAGUAAUGAGUAUAAAAUACUUUGCUGGAACCUAAACACUACAUCAAUAGCUCUUUUGAGUUCUAUGUACUGUAAUUAAUCCAUUUAUAGAGGCUUAUUUUACAUCAUACAGACGCUGCUAUAAAAUCAGUUUGAGCCAUUGUGCUCUGGGAAAGUCAUGGAAAUGUUCUUGUCCCACAAAUGUAGAAAUGUGAACUUUCAUGUGAACGUUACUUUAUUGUUUUCACGUUAACGUUACUUUAUUGUUUUCACGUUAACGUUACUUUAUUGUUUUCACGUUAA